CCGCGCGAGUCCCGGCGCCAAAGCUGUUUGUCGCGAUAGCUUCCAAGAUUCGGUAGGGCAUUGCUUGUCCAUUACCAUCUCGGCAUUUUUGAGAUUCUUUUGCAGAUUGAGGCGCUUCUCUGUCACCAUGUUCAACUACGCCAACCUCCACGAUGUAUUCCCCUCGGGCCUACCGAACCCCUACGAUCGCAAGCUGCAGCACGAGAUUGAGAGCUCCCGCAAGAGCUUCGAUGGGAUUCUCUUCAUCGACCGUGUGUUGAGGGCCGUGGGCAUUACCAAGGCCAAGGUCUACCCUCCUAAAACCGACAAUGCUGUCAAGCAAUUGCACCAGCAAAUCUGCGACGCCAACAUGUCGAUGCAUUACAAAUUCUCCCUUUUCUACUACGUCCUCCUCGACUUUGACGAAGCAUCCGACCACCAGAGUGUGUCAGAGGCCUUUGUUGAAGCUUCUGGGAUGCCGAAAAAGUACCAGAUCUUUAUGAAGGGCUUGUGGUACAUGGACAAGCAAGACUUUGCGCGAGCGCUCGAGUACAUCGCACAUCCUUCCCUCAUCCCGGACUUCGCCGACGACAUCAUCACCGUCCUGGUUCGCCGCGCUCAAGGCAACGACUAUACCCUGGCACUGUCCUAUUUCCAGACCGUCCAACCGAUCCUCCAGACGUCGGCUGCCCUCGAGCUGCUCUUCAAUGCGAUGGCCCGAACAAGUGUUUCAGAAGCCUUGUUCUACUCUCGUACACACCCCACCCACACUCGCCAGUUGCUCUUCCGACAACUGGUCGCAUCUGUUCUAGAGGGUCGAGGCGGCGAAGAGUUCUCAAACCGAGCUUCGGAGCUCGCAUUCUUGCCUCUUGAUUCUGCCGAAGAGGGGUGGUUCGAAGAGUACUUGACCACCGGCAAUGGAAAGAGCCAUAAGAAGGCCAAGGACACGCUGUUGAUCCGAAAGAUUGCCAGCGAUCGAUUCUCCGAGGUGUCCAACCAACGACAGGGCGGUCAGUGGGCUGGAGUCCUGGAGGGAAUCAAGGGCGGCAUUGGCGGACAGACCGAAUGAUAGGUCCUGUGUGGUUGGUUAUCCAUUUGAAUAGAAAAUGGCAAUGUGAACAUAGCGACGGCGUUAGGUCUGAUUCAUCAAUCCGCUUG